GAACAUCAUGAGUCAAUGAUUUCUCCAGAAGACAACAUGACCCUGGAUUCUAUUGCCCAAAACUGUUCCAACUGUAGUCAGGUGAUACCUUCAGAUCUUAAUGUCGUUAAAGCUGUGGUUUUAGGGCUUGUACUGGGGAUCUUCAUCAUUUUUGGGGUGUUGGGCAACAUCCUGGUCAUACUAUCUGUGGUGUGUCACAGACAUUUGCGCACUGUCACGCAUUAUUUCAUCGUAAACCUGGCAGUGGCCGAUCUCCUCCUGAGCUCCACGGUGUUGCCUUUCUCGGCCGUCUUCGAGAUCCUCGGUCGCUGGGUGUUUGGUCGGCCGUUCUGCGACGUCUGGGCGGCCAUGGAUGUCCUUUGCUGCACUGCUUCCAUCAUGAGCCUGUGCGUGAUCUCCGUGGACCGUUAUGUCGGAGUCAGCUACCCGUUACGCUACCCGGCGAUCAUGACGGAGCGCCGGGCGCUGUUGGCUUUGUUUGGUAUCUGGGUGCUCUCGGUCACCAUCUCCGUGGGUCCGCUGUUUGGCUGGAAGGAGCCGGCGCCCGAGGAUGAGACUAUUUGCAAGAUCACCGAGGAACCCGGAUACGCGAUCUUCUCGGCCGUCGGCUCCUUCUACCUCCCCCUGGUGGUGAUUUUGUCUAUGUACUGCCGCGUGUACGUGGUGGCGCGGCGAGAGACCAGGGGCCUGAAAAAGGGGCGUAAGACCGAACGCUCUGACCAUGCUUCGGAGGCGGUGACCUUGCGGAUGCAUCGAGGCAACACGGCGGUGUCGGAAGACGAGGCCCUGCGUAGCCGCACGCAUUUCGCCCUGAGGCUGCUCAAGUUCUCCCGUGAGAAGAAGGCAGCCAAGACGCUGGGGAUCGUGGUGGGCUGUUUCGUCCUUUGCUGGCUGCCCUUCUUCCUUGUGCUGCCUAUUGGCUCUAUCUUUCCAGCCUACAGACCUUCUGACACAGUCUUCAAGAUCACCUUCUGGUUGGGCUACUUUAACAGCUGCAUCAACCCAAUCAUAUAUCCAUGCUCCAGCCAAGAGUUCAAGAAAGCCUUCCUGAGCGUGCUGUGCGUGCAUUGCCUGAGACGUCGAUCCAGACCCUCCCAUCCGCUUUACCACGGGCACGCUCAGGUUCAAACCCACUCCCAGCUCCUCUCUCUGGGCCUGGAAAGUCGCGGCGAGUCCGCCCGCCUCAGUCCCUCUUCCUCCAUAGCUCUGUCGCGUACUCCGUCCUCCAGGGACGGCAAGGACUGGCACGAAGCAUCCAGGGCCUCGUCUGUGGCGGGCGCAGGUGCGGGCGUCGGGGUGGGGUCCGGGGUCAGCGCCGGGGCCAAGGUGGCUGGCGUGUGCAGUAAAAAUCUCCUGAGGACGUGCUGCUGCGUCGGGAUCGAUUCGCCACAGCAACCGACCCCCCCGAAACCCCCCACGCAAAGCUCUCUUCCCGUCAUCAAGAUCCAUCAGCUCUCGCUUUGCGAGAACGGCGACGCAGUGUGA